GUACCGGGAAGCAUCAACUGCGGCCGCGAGUGCCGCGGUUGAGGGCCCCUCUCAGUUACCCUCUCCACUCGAGUAUGCGGAUAUAUAAUAGACAGACCUCAACGGCCAUCACCAUCCCACAAUCUCUCUCACUACUCCCCUUCACCGGCUGUGUCUUUCACUCAUAACACAUCACCCUUGCCGUAACUAACUCAACCCCCCACAACUCUUCACCAUGGCCAACUUCCCCAAGCUCAUCCCCGCCUUCACGAUCCAGGUCGUCAUCCAAACCCCCACCCCCGUCUCCCCCUCCCUCGUCUUCGUCCCCCUCGCCUCCACCGGCGGCAGCAUCGUAUCCGAACCAUCCUACCCCAUCCAGCUGCGCGCGGCGAUCGAGCACGGCGGCGACUUCAUUCGGGUGUCGGCGGACGGGACGCAGGCGCGGCUGGACGUGCAGAGCCUGGCGCGGGACGCGGUGACGGGGGCGCUGGUGCGCUUUACCUACCGCGGCAAGGUCGACACGACGGGCGCGAUGGGCCGGGUGUUGAGGGGGGAGGAGGGGGCGGGCACGACGGGGUUUGGGGAUGCUGUCUCCGUUGUAGAAUUCGAGACUGGCGGCGGGGAGUUGGCGGUGCUGGAGAACAAGGUGUAUGUUGGGACUGGGCGGUUUAUCAUCGAAGCCGGAAAGCCGACCAUUGUUGAGUAUCUAGUGAGCGAAGUUGUUGCGUAGGAGGGGACAACCUCUUUUCCACUACUGGUAUGGGUGGAGUUGAAUCAACGGGCUUGCACAGAGCAUCAAAUCUACCAUGUGAAUGACAGUGAACGAGACCACCAAAUUAUGCUCAUAUUGCUAGCCCAUAGGGUAUUCGCUCUGUA